UAAGAAGCAUCGUUACUAAAGCUUUCCCAUCCUCCGCCGUGACUUUUAUUAUGGUGUUUGUUUUCUACUACUAACCGGAACAAGCCCUUUGUGAUGGUCAGGAUUUUAAAUACUUCUACUAAGCCAAUAAGAGUAAAUACCGUUCAAAAAUGAACCGAAUUUUCGGUCGGAGCAAACAGACGCCUUCUCCCAACCUUUCUGACUGCAUAGGCAAUGUGGAUACGAGGAUCGAGUCAAUCGAUAAGAAAAUAGCGAGAAUCGACGCAGAGCUCAUGAAGUAUAAGGACCAGAUGAAAAAGAUGAGGGAUGGACCCUCAAAAGUGAGCAUCAGAAUCUCGAGAUCACGAACAAUGAAACAAAAGAGAAUGUAUGAGGGUCAAAGAGAUCAGCUUUCCCAGCAGUCCUUUAAUAUGGAACAAGCAAACUAUACAAUCCAGUCACUAAGAGACACCAAAACAACAGUGGAGGCUAUGAAGAUUGGAGCAAAAGAAAUGAAAAAAGCAUAUAAACAAGUGAAGAUGGAUCAGAUUGAAGACCUGCAGGAUCAACUGGAAGACAUGAUGGAAGAGGCCAACGAGGUGCAGGAAGCUCUCAGUCGCAGCUAUGGCACACCAGAGAUCGAUGAGGAUGAACUGGAAGCAGAGCUGGAUGCUCUGGGAGAUGAGUUACUGCUGGAUGAUGACAGCUCUUACUUAGAUGAAGCCUCGUCUGCACCCUCUAUUCCUGAAGGAAUUCCCACUGACACUAAAACCAAUAAGGAUGGUGUUCUGGUUGAUGAGUUUGGCCUGCCGCAGAUCCCUGCCACAUAAGAAUCUGUUCUCUGAUCAGUGUUUUAUUUAUAUACGAUGGAGGAAGUUGUUUGUGCUGGUAAAUGAUAUUGAACAUGUUUUGUUGUACUCAUUGCCCAGUCUAGCACUUGGUAUUGUAACUAACUGUUUUUCUUACAUGUUUAACUUGAUCACAUGAAGCAUAAUUUUUACAUUUUAAUUAGAAAUUGGUCAUGUAAACAUGUUAGCCUCAUUGCCAAUGGGCCACGUUCACACAGCAACAGAAUACGGUUGUCAGUCCAGUCCUUAAUACUGUUACGUUCACACACAGUACAGUUAUUUAUGGGAGUGACAACAGCAUUCUAUAACUGAACUCACACCCGUAAAUUUUCAGGACUCAGAACCGCAUUCUCAGAAAAUUUGCGCAGUGUGAACGGAACCGGACUGGACAACUAGUUGUCCGUAAAGUCAUACAGUGCGUGAGAGCUGCUAUACUAAGGGGAUUCACUUUCGGUAACUUACAGUGACAAAGAUAUGAGCUGUGUGGAUGAACUUACGGCUUAAUUGACCCUUCGCAAAGACCCGCCCCCCUUAGUUACUGUUGCUUUGUCCGACAAGCAAUGGCACUGCCACGCCACACAGAGUGAAAAAUACAUCACGGAGCAACUGACAACACGUCGACAGA